AUGUUUGGUUCAUCUGCAUCAAAGCCUGCUUUUGGGUUCAAUACAUCUAACAAUUCUGGUAAUCAAAAUGGAGGUGGAUUGUUCGGAAAUAAUAACAACAAUUUGAGUACCCCUAGUAAACCCGCUACUGGAGGAUUGUUUGGAGGAUCAAAUAAUACCAACUCAACGGGUGGUCUUUUUGGAAACAACAACAACAACAACACUAAUACUAACUCUGGGGGCGUAUUUGGUAAUAACAAUAAUAAUAACAAUAACAAUGCUAACACCAGUUCUGGCGGAUUAUUCGGAAACAACAAUAAUAACAACACUGGUGGAUUAUUUGGAAAUAAUAAUAACAAUACUGCCAAUACUAGCUCUGGAGGGUUAUUUGGCAACAACAACAAUAAUAAUACUAAUACUAGUUCUGGUGGAUUAUUUGGAAAUAAUAAUAAAAAUACUGCUAAUACUAGUUCUGGCGGAUUAUUUGGAAAUAAUAACAAUAACAAUGCUAAUACUAGUUCUGGCGGAUUAUUUGGAAAUAAUAACAAUAACAAUGCUAAUACUAGUUCUGGCGGAUUAUUUGGAAAUAAUAACAAUAACAAUGCUAACACUAGUUCCGGAGGGUUAUUUGGUAACAACAACAAUAAUAACGCCAAUAACUCAACAGGCGGUCUUUUUGGAAACAAAUCGGCGACUAAUACCAGUUCUGGUGGUCUCUUUGGAAAUGGCACUAAUACCGCUGGCAAUACCAGUGGCGGUCUUUUUGGAAACAAGCCAGCUGCCACAGGUACCACAGGUGGUCUUUUUGGUAAUAACAAUGCUAAUGCUAAUGCGACAAAUACUUCAAGUGGAGGUCUUUUUGGCAACAAGCCAGCGACUACUGGAGGUCUUUUUGGAAAUAAACCUACAACCAGCACAACAACUGGCGGAGGUCUUUUUGGAAACAAGAAUAGCGGUAGUCUCUUUGGUGGUAAUAAUAAUACAUCCAGCUCCGGUGGAUUGUUUGGAAGUAAUAAUAGUAAUACUACCAAUACUGGUUCUUUAUUUGGUGGUCAACAACAACAGGGUACUCAGCAACCAGCCAUUCCUAUAACUUUGAUGACUCGUGUGGCAGAAUUGCCUCAAGACUAUCAGCUUCAAUUAAAACAAUUAAAUGAUUACAUCAACACGCAGGUUCAGAUAUGCGAAACAUUAAAACUUGAACAAGCAAAACAUGAAGAAUUGGUUAAUUCUAUCCCAAAAGACAUUAAUUACUUGACCGUGAAUUACCAAAAGGUUAACAGUAGUUUAUUGAACGAUGUCAAGAACUUGGAAGGAUUAAAACAAGAAACAAAUGAGUUGAUUAAAAUAAGUAAACAUUUCACUUUGCUAAUUAAUUACUUUACCGAGGGUGGCGCUUCCUCUGAUGCUUCUAAGAGUACCAAAAAUGGUGCUGUGACCAAAGAUCCGUCAGAGCCUGUAUUACCAGAAAUUUCAGAAAAAGACUCCCCGUUAGGUUCCUUAAAUGAUUUAUUGAAUAAUACAAAUAUAUCUUCUUCGGUCAUUGAUUUUUCUUCAUUAACCCCAAACAUGAAGAAAGAUUCUUCAUCAAUAAUAUCCUCCAAUUAUUUGUUGACUUUCUUCCAAACGAAACUAAUCGAGUUCAACCUGAAAUUCAUGGAAUUGAACUCUUUGGUGAAUGACAUCGAGUCAUCUUUGAAUGAAACUGAGAAAUCUUCGAGCGAUUUAUUACUAUCUUAUGGAUUCUUACCUACAAGCACUACUAAGAGUGAUUCCAAAGACACUGUGGGCAAUGAUCUUGAAAGCCUCAUUAACAACAAAAUGAAGCAUUUGGUGGAUAGUAUCAACGAGGAGUUUUAUUUGUUUAUGGAUAUCAGCAACAAAUUGGCUGAAUUACAUUAUGAAAUUAAGGAAUUUAGUUAA